AUGAGUACCACCGACGCCGCCGCACCCACUGCACCUGCCCCCAACGGCGAGACUUUACUCUCCGACCGGGGGAUUUCAGAUGGAGCUGCCCGACAGAUUUUCAAUGCUACACCGCAAUGGCCAUGGCAGUUGGCAGCUGGUUUCUCUCCCAAGGUCUGGGAUGCUAUGACGCUUGAGGAGCUUGCCCAGACCAUCGACCGUCUGAUAAAGGAGUCAACCGAAGCCGACCCUCAUGUUGAAAUACACAACCUCAUCGAAUUUCUGGGAGAGCAGGCUCGUGAGCGGGCUCGUCUGUGUCUCCAGAGCAACCCAGAACUCCGACUGGUUGACAAGAUUUCUGGACCUACUGCUUUCGCCUCGCGGGUGACUGCUGGAAAUCGGAAGCGCACCCAUGAAUCAUCUGGCGAUUCUCAGGCCAACAAGAGCGCUCGAAGAGAUGGGCCAGGCAGUCCUGGAGGGUUAGCUCUUGGCAGCCCUGCCAAGACAGUCACACCAGCUGAAGGCCUUAUCGAUUCGAUUGAACCUGUCCAGGGCGAGGCGCUGACCCCAUCGUCCAUGUCAGACAUGAUCGGUACCGUCGAGAAUCUGAAAGUCGAGUCGCAAACCUAUCUGAACGAAUCCACGCGCAAGUUGGACAAGGCACGAUCAUUGACGAAACAACGGGAGACGUCGCUACACAAGGUGCCUACCCCGGGAAAGCUCGAGGAACUUCGACGGGCUUGCGAUCAGUGGAUUGAGGCCAAGGAGACGAUUGAGAAGGCAAAGGCGCUAUUCGAACAACAUCAGGGCGAGAUGGCUUUGGACCCACUCCUCGUUUCCCUGGCAUCACAAGAGUACGACAGGAAGUUGCGUAAGUGCGAGGAGGGAGUCGCUCAAGCUGAGGCCGAACUUCACAACAUGGAAAUGACUUUGACUUUCACCACUCAGCAGGGAGACAAACGACAAGACAAGUUGGAAGAAGUCCAAGCGAAAGUCACUCGAUUGGAGACACGCCAAACCCAUCUUGCGUUGGAGUUUGAGUACUACCGGACGAUUGAACGGCUGAUGAAAUUGGGACCUCACGGCCUGGCCUCUCUGACGGAAAGGCUGGCGGAGAGUGGCAUCUCGUUGCUUACGGCGGCUGACGACCCUGAAGUGAGGAACGAGCCUUCGAUCAACCCUCCCUCGUGA